AUGGCCCCGACGCAGCUCAGCAUUGUGCUGGAGCGCAUGCUAAACGAACUCGGGAUAGCCGACCUCAGUAAGUUCGAGGCUGUGCUCAUGCACGAUACAGGCGCGGUGCUCGACGCGAUCCGAAGCACCGCUGCAGCCGCAGAGGCUGCGCUCUGCGAGCGCUAUGAAGAAGGCGCGCUCGCGUCGGCGCGGGAUGAGCUUGCUGCGGCACAAGAGCUGAGGCGCUCCGACUGCGACAACCUGAGGAGAGCGCAGCAGGCUGCUAAACGCGACAUCAAAGCGGCCGAGCGGAUGGCCGACCAGGCAAAUCAUGCAGCUCGAGCUGAGUGUGAGUGGCGUAUCGGCGAGAUGCGGGCCAAGAUGCAGGCCGAGCUGCGCGAGCAGCUCGACGCGCUGCAGAUUUCGAUGGAGGCAGAGGCGAGGCGCGCUGAUGCCGCAGAGGCGGAGAGGUCAAGGCUGCACAACAAGAUGGAGGGGAUUAUGCGCACGCGUGAGGGGUUAAUAGACGCACUCGCAGAGGUGCAGCGCAAGCGCGAACAUAGUGAUUGUUAA